AUGGACAAUCUUUGUCUAGAAAGCCUUCAGGCUCUCAUCAUUGGAGACGGAAACGCAGCAAAAGCUUGGUCCAUCAUUGGCUCACUCACUCGCACAGUCGAGUAUAGCCAACUAGCCCAAGAACGCGAAGACACUGAGUACCAGCCGCUUUGCCAGCCGUUCGAGGUUCUCGAACACACAUCAAACUGGACUGAGCUUGAAGAGCGGCGGCGCAUCUUCUGGAACGUGUUCAACCUCGAUCGGUUCUGUUCUGUAGCUAUGAGUUGGAGUACGAGUCUGACAUCCGCUGAUGUUCAUCGUCGAUUACCAUGUGACGGCCACCUCUGGCGCAAAGAGCAGGGUGUCACAACACCUUACUUCGGCAUAUGGGACAAAUCAGCGGGACGAAUGGGGUACCCGAUUGGGUUCCUUGUUGAAGACGACGGCCCUCCAUCACGACCCAACGUGAACCCCAUACCGGAUGCGGCAUCGUUACAGAACCCGAAGCUUGCGGACAUGUCCAACGUUGGUGCAUUCGCAUAUCGCAUCGAAGCCACUGAGUCGAUGUCGCGCGUUGUAUCCUAUUUCCUCCAACCAAAAGUCGGCAUGCGCAGCCAGCAAGAAAUCUCGGCUUGGCUUACUAGGUUCAAAGAACUGGAUUUGCGAUUGGUACACUGGAAGAUGCUACUUCCCCAGAAAUGGAAGAGCAAUCCUAACAUGACUCGCCCAGUCCCGUUAAUGGAUCCAAAUCUCACCCUGGCACAUGUUACACACAACACGAGCAUGAUUCUGUUGCAUCAGCUGAUAGCCUACCCGCCUUUCCACUGGCCCUUUCGUAGUCGACUGCCAAGUAGUUGUUCCAUUGAGGCGUGCUAUUCGGCAGGCAUUGAGAUUGCCACAAUUACUCAAAGAUAUCUGGCAAAUUCUCCGCAAGGUUGCCCGGUCGCAAGCCAGUUCGCCUUCUGCAUCUUCAUUGCGGGACGGAUGCUACUCGUGCAUUGGCGAUCUCAUACCGACAAUGAGCUACCGAAUGAUUUUUGGAGCUUGGUGCAGUGUCUGGAAGAAAUGUCAAAGCGAUGGACAGGGCUUUCAAGCGUACCCUCUGACGAGCAGAAUCUAUCAGGACAAUAUGCCGCACGGCUGAAAGAGUUGUACAUCUCCUGUGUCAGAGACGAAGAGUUCCAAAUUCGAGUCGCCGAUUACACGAACGAGAUCACGUAUACAGUCAAGAAUGCGUACGAUUCAGUUCAGCAGAGUCAGCCGGAACCUCUCAGAGAAGCAUAUGCGCAUCUGAAUAUACAAAAUCCCAGUGCCAACACCGUGGAAUGGUCCGUCCGACAAACCAAACUGCCUGCCGGUGCAGAGGCCUUCAGACCGAUGAGUAUGGACAUGUCGCAUAUCGACAAUCUUGAGGGCGUGGACUUGGAUACAUUGCCGCAAAUGAUGCAGGACCAGCAAUAUGUUAAUAUGGACCGAAUAAUUGCAUUUGACGACGGAAGUAUGUUUGCCGGAACGGUCGAUACCGGCAUGUUCUAA